AUGAGGUUCUCAUCGGUUGCCUUGACGGCAGUCGCUGCCUCUGCCACCCUCGCCCAACCUCACGUUCACAAACAUCGACACGUGCACGAGCACAAGGAGCGCGAUGUGACCGAGACUGCCUGGACAGCAGGCCCGACUGCCUAUGUCUAUAUGCUCAAUGGAAAACAGCUCUCGGCCGGAGAGGUGUGCGAAGGGUUGGAGGAUAACGAACUGAAGUUUGUGGAUGGUCAAGAUCCUGGUGUUUGCUCGCAGGUUUCAACCACUGCCAGCACCUCUUCGACUUCCUCGACUUCCACGGAAUCGAGUACGACCCCUUCAACCACCACUACCUGGUCGGCAGCUGCCUCUUCCUCUCCACCAGCCGAGUUCUUCCAAAAGCCAUCCUCGGCCGCUUGGCCCAGCCCAAGCGAUUCUGCCAGUUCCAGCUCUGCUCCUCAGUCUUCCUCCGUGUCCUCGGGCGGCGCUGGUAUCACUGCUGAAUUCCCGGAUGGUCAACUCGAUUGCAGCACUUUCCCCUCCGACUAUGGCGCCAUUCCUCUGGACUACCUCGGAAUGAAAGGCUGGUCUGGGUUGCAAGCGGUCUCUAUCGCUGGCGGAUUUGUCAACCAUAUUGUGACGGGUAUCUCGGGCGAGUCUUGCUCAGAGGGAAUGAUGUGCUCCUACGCUUGCCCUCCAGGCUACCAGAAAUCUCAAUGGCCCUCCACCCAAGGUGCUACAGGUCAAUCCGUUGGCGGCCUUUCUUGCUCGGGCGGCAAGCUUCAUCUGACCAAUCCAGGUCUCUCAAAAAGCCUCUGCAUUCCUGGCGUUGGUGGCGUCCAAGCCACCAACAACGCAGGCGGUGUCGUUGCUAUCUGCCGUACAGAUUAUCCUGGGACCGAAUCCGAAACCAUCCCAGUUGAACUCCAGUCUGGCGAAACAGAGCAGUUGACUGUUCCCGAUGCUGCCUCCUACUACGAAUGGCAAGGACAAUCAACUUCGGCCCAGUAUUAUCUCAACCCUAUUGGAGUGUCUGCUUCUCAAGGUUGCCAAUGGGGAUCACCUGGACAGAACAUUGGUAACUAUGCUCCCAUCAACUUUGGUGUGGGUGCCAAAGGAGGUAUUACUUGGCUAUCGAUCUUCCAAAACUCCCCAACAACCAAUGCCCAAUAUCAAGGCACUGUUGAGUUGAAGGGCAAUUUGUCCGGGUCUUGCAAAUACUCAAACGGACAAUAUUGUGGUGCUAGUGGAUGCAACUCUCAGGGAUGCACUGUCUCCGUCAUAUCGGGCACUGCCACCUAUGUUAUCUCCGACUGA